AUGUCUGAAAAAGGGAUUUUCACCCGCCUUCCUUACUCUGUCAAGCCAAUAAAAUAUUCCAUAGAGUUCAUUCCUAACAUCCCCAAGUGCAUUUUUAACGGCUUGCAGACCAUAGAUGUCCAGCCUGCUAAUGCUUGCCGUGCUUUCCCAUGCUGGGAUGAACCCGACCGUAAGGCCGUCUUCGAGGUUAGCCUGGUUGUCCUGGAUGACCUAGUCGCCCUUUCCAAUAUGAGGUCCACAGUCGAUGACUUGGUUUUUCAGGGGUUUACAAGUAAUUUGGACAAAUUUUGGAGGGGUAUUUGGCACAUAAGGUAA